AUGGCGCCUUCCAAGUCUAAGUCAGGUCGCGGAAAGAGCUGGACCGGGCCGGAGCUGAAUCGCAUGUCGAUACGGCAAGAGCUUCCACGCGAGUUUUCUGAGCGUGACGUUGACGCCAUCAAGAGGAAGUUUUUGGCGUUGAAGAACGCUUUGAAGCCAACGGGUGACCCAUCCUGUCCGGAGGAGGUAGUUCGCGCUAAGCGCGCGUACUACAGGAUGGAGUCUCGUUCUGGUGUUGAGGCGUUUGAAGACACGGCACCCGUCAAUACCACGAGCACCCCUGCACCAGGAUCACCAAGUGCCGAAGCCACCGCCCCAGCAGCAUCUUCUCCCAGUGGAACAGCUUCCACCGCUACUUCUGUAGCAGCUGAAGCUGUGAUUCCUGUCGCAGCGCCCCCAACACCGUCUUCUGUCAAAGACAACGCAAACGCAGGAGCACGUUCCGCUUCUCAGCGGUGCGGUAAGACGCCAAACGAACUUGCCAAUUUAAGUGAAAUGCUUAAGCGUGCCCGUAAGACUGCUGAAGAUGCAGCAAUUUCUCACACGGUCAAACGCAGGAGGACGAUCGACAAUUUGUUGGGCAAGCUGGAAAAAGAGAGCGGUGGUGGUACCGAUAUGGUGCAGGGAGUCCUUGCUAUGGAGGAACGUGCUGCGGUACGUGAGUUGGAAUAUCGCAGAGAGCGAGAAGAACGAGAGGCAAAGAGGGAGGAGCGAGAGAACCGCCGUGACGAGUUGUUUUUCGUCUUGAUGACGAAGCUGUUGGGCGACAAGCCGAACCCAACCAGCACCUAG